UAUAUUAUUUAUUUAAGUUACUUCCUCACUUAAACAUAUUAGAAAUGUUAUUAUGCCGCUCUAAACAGUUUCGUUUUUUCAUAUUAAACGCGCUGUUGCUUGCUCUAAGCUUCGUAUUACGAAUCGAGUCCAAGAAAGUACAAGCUUGGCACUGCAUGGCAGAGAAAUGCUGUUCUAUCGACUUUAGUAAAAUGAUGAGAACCGUGGACUAUGUGCUUUACGCCUGUGGCAUAAAGAAGGGCAAGAACUUGCACUACAAGCUUUAUUUCGACAGCGGCAGCAAAAUGGAUCUCAUCGCCUAUGAGCCCGUAAAGCAGCUUGAUGAGACGGAAUAUUGUGUUGCUGUUUGUAAUGUUGCUGAAAUUUGUUUUAAGAGCACAACAUUCACCGUAAUUCCUGAUAAUAACGGUACGGCUGAAUGGUGUUUUGAAGGCAGUAUUGUUGUUGAGGAUGAAACUGUAUAUUAUGAAGAAAAUGUUUGCAUAAAAUUUUAUAAUUCAACAGUGGAAUUUCCGCCAUAUAUAGAGGAAUAUAUGAAGGCGCAUAAGCUUUGGUAGAAUGAGGCAGUGUAAUGUAUAAAGUUUUAUUAAGAAAAGUGGUUCAAAAAUAUCGACAAUUUUCAGACAAGAGCGGAAUGCUAGAAGCGAAUAGGGUAGCACGAUCCUUAAGAACAUUUCGACUAUUUUUAAGCGCCUUUUAAUAAAUCCCGAUCUCUCUGAUGGCUAUAAUGUUUUGAGAUUAAAG